AUGGAUGUCGAAGACUUGCAAGCUAUAAGUUCAGUUUACUGUGGCGAAGACGAAUUCGUUCUCAUUACCAACGACCGAAACUGCACUGUCUUCACUGUCAAACUUCCUGCGGGCAACACUGAGAAAAUAUCUGUUUCUGCCACGUUCUCAGUGAACCCACGUGACUGGAACGUCCUAUUUCAGGAUGCGCAGUUCAGCAGAAAUUCUCUAACGCACCUCAAGACCAGUUUUAAUGCUUGGCGUUCUCCGGAACACACUGUAUGGGACGGCUUCAACUGGAUCACAGAGAACGCAGCGUCAUUCCUGGACCGACCAGAGAGCCUUGCACGCUCUGAACUUCAGGACGGCUGUUUCGCAGUCUUAAUUCAACUGGAUCACGUUCGUGACGUGAAGAGAUACGCCAAAGUAUUACGAUCAAUCUGCGAUAGUUCCGGCUUGACUGCGAGGAUGCUGUUUAAACCUCAAGGUGGCCCGUUGUUAGUAGGACGUGCCAGACACCAAGAGGACGUCAAGGAGUUCUUGAGAGCCCUCAAGAGCCGUAACCUAGACGUUGACUCUAAAGGCAUGCCUUGCAAAGAAAAAUUAUCUUCGGUUUUGUAUCAAGGUCCCGUGCAAGUUGACGAAGGCUGUUUUGAAAGUAACGUUUUUGAUGUCACACAUUGCAGAUCCUUCGCAGACGUGGAGUCUGAGUUUAAAACCCUGGGCUUAGGUUAUUUAUACUCGAAGCAUGUGACACCGGAAUUGUUAUGA